UUCUCUAUAUAAGCGCGCCAACAAAGCCUGGGAAGAAACAAGCAGGACAACAGUGACCGUCCCGCCUCGCUGUGUAACAUAUCUACUGUUUCUGUCCCUCACCGCUCACAAACCAACACAACAAACAACAAUGCCAGAGGAAACGUCCACCGCCUCCAGCUCGGCCGGCAUGGACGAGAAGCCCUGCUCAUCCAGCGUUGUAGACAGCUCAAUCGACGUUACUGAAGAAGCGAAGAAACUGAUCGGCACAGGGAACCGUCACCUGGUGAUGGGCGACGUGCUUUCAGCCGUCAAUGUCUUCCAGGAGGCUUGUGGAAUGCUGGCGGCGAGGUAUGGGGACACUGCCGAAGAGUGUGGAGAAGCCUUCUUCCUUUGUGGGAAGUCUCUACUAGAGUUGGCCAGGAUGGAGAACACGGUCCUCGGUAACGCGCUAGAGGGAGUCCCACAGUCGGACGAGGAGGAGAAGCCCGUGAGCGAGAACAUCGAGAGCGCCAACAACCUGGACGACGAUGACGAUGAUGACGAUGACGAGGAGGAAGCAAAUGCUGACGACGCGGAAGAUGAGGAUGUUGGGAACUUGCAGUUGGCGUGGGAGAUGCUUGAGGUGGCUAAAUUCAUCUACAAAAGAAAAGAGAGCAAGGAGGAUCAGCUUAUGGCGGCGCAGGCCUACCUGAAGCUGGGAGAAGUCAGUGUUGAGUCCGGGAACUACCCCCAGGCGCUGGAAGACUUCCAGGAGUGCCUCACCCUGCAGCUGAAGCACCUGCCCCCCAGCAGCCGCCUGCUGGCGGAGAGCAACUACCACGUGGCCCAGACGCUGUGCUACAUGGACGCGUACAGCCAGGCCAUCGAGCACUACAACCGCUCCAUCGAGGUCAUCGAGAACCGCCUGGCCGUGCUCCAGAAGGUGAUCGACGCGGCCGAAGGAGCCGACGGGGCGGCGAAGGAGAAGACGGAGCAGGAGGAGCUGAGGCAGCUGCUGCCCGACGUCACGGAGAAGGUCGCCGACGCCAAGGAGAGCCAAAGGGCGGCUAGCCUGGCCAUCAGGCAGGCACUGGAUGGGGCCUCGACCUCCUCUGGAUUCUCGGCUGAGAACGGUGGCCAGUCGUCGUCGUCAUCGUCCGCGUUUGCCUCUGCCAGUCAGAUCUCCACAAGGCCUUUCGAGGGGGCCUCGUCUUCAAAAUCGACCUCAGACAUUUCCCAUCUGGUCAGGAAAAAGAGGAAGACUGACGAGGAGAGCCUAGUGAAGGAUGCAGACGCUAAGCAGCCAAAGCAGGAAUCAACGGUUAAUGGCGGCAGCUCCAGCUCCAACGGCAAAGGACUGCAGGAGAAGGAGCCCGCCGAAACAUCGGCCUCCAAGUCCUCAGAAUGAUGAGCCCCUCGUCUGAUCUUCAACCUGCACUGAACGUCUGUCGAGAUCCCCCCCCCCCCCCCCCCCCUCACCAACACACCCUUGGUUUUGUAAAUAAGUUAUUUUCACAGAUUUGUCUGUCCAGGUUUUGUAUACUUGUAGUAAGAAAAUAAAGGAUAUUUGCAA